AUGGCCAGCCCGGUCAACGAUUACUUGGUUCGCCCUUCCUCGAUUUCUCCUCCACCGCCUGUAUAUCUACGAUCAUCUCCCCCUCCCCAGUCAACAAAUGCAGACAGCUCGCCCGAUUCCAUUAUUUCCCCUUCAGCAGACCGACUUUCCUCGACGCCAAUUCCCAGGAAGCUAGUUCCACCAGCUGCUCUAGCUAUCAGCCCUGAACCACAUAUCCAGCCUUCUCCUCAAUCACCCGUGCGAAUCGAUGCCUCGGUCUUUGAUCCGCAGGCUUCCAGUGCUAUGAUUGAAGGCUCUGAUGAUUCUGCUCUCGCCCACUCGUUCAACUUAGACUUGUCGUUGUCGAAUAUGAAGAUCUCGGAGCCAGAUGACGCGGGUGCGUCUGCGUCUGCGUCAACACCGCACGUGGGCUCCAUACCGCCGGAAUACUCCCAACAUGCAGCCGACCGCCAUACGUCCGCCAGCACUGGUUCAUGGUCGCUAGUAGGUGGCAAUGAGAGAGAUGACGGCUCGAAGCGACCGUCUACCGAACGUCCAGACUCGGCUUCGAGAGCCUAUCAUAAUUCCAAUUCGUCAGAUGCUAGCUUAUCGAGUUCACAGCAAAUGGACUAUCAGCCGCUGCAAUAUCACCAUCGACCCUUUCGUGACUCACCAACCGGGCGCCGCUCGGGCUCAUCAUCUGCAGAAAACCUUCCGCAUGGCAAUCAACUACUCGCCCCAGCGAAGGGCAUUUAUGGUGCUGGGGUCUCGCGCCCAUUGUCUGUCUACUCCUCCACAUCUGAUCUUCGAGCUCGCUCUCCAAACGGUUCUUUUAUAAAUCUACACGGCCGUCGUGCAUCUGGCCACUCCCCUGAUUCCCGUCCAAAGUCGACUUAUGUAGAACUUCUGAGCACUCCAUAUCCCCAACAGGUACCGUCGCCAGCCGCAAAGAACAAUGACCACCUGAGAACGCUGUUGGGGAAUAAUGUCUCGUUGUUAAGUCAUAAACAAACAUUCGAGAUGUAUCUUGCCAAUGUCAAGAAGACUAACGACCCGGCCGUUCAAUAUGAGUUCGCUGUUUUCAUGAUCAGUGCCAUUCAGGAAAUGUACUCCAAUGAGGAUGACGAAGUGACAUCGGUCUCGCUAAAUAAGGAGAAGGAGAAAGCCGUAGCGCCAGACAUCACGCGGUCUCGUUUAUUGCUCGAGGCAAAAGCGAUUUUGCAGAGGCUUUCGGAUCGCAGCUAUCCCUUUGCACAAUAUUAUCUAGCAGAUGGAUUGUCAUCCGGGCUCUUCAGUAAAGGGAAAGUAGAUUAUGAGCAUGCACUGCCCCUUUUUGUGCAAGCUAGCAAGUAUGGCCAUGCAGAAGCGUCAUACCGUGCUGGGUUGUGUAACGAAUUUGGCUGGGGCUGCAGGGUGGACGCUGCCAAAGCUGCCAAUUUCUACCGGGCGGCUGCGACCAAGAAUCACCCCGGUGCCAUGCUGCGACUCGGGCGAGCGUGUCUCACUAAGGAUCUGGGUUUAGGAAACCGUUACCGAGAGGGGUUUAAGUGGAUGAAGCUUGCUGUCGAGGCAGCCGAUUUUCAAUACAACGCAGCCCCUUAUGAAUUGGGCUUGUUACAUGAAACUGGAUUUGGAGAUGACAUUUUCAAGGACGAAGCAUAUGCCGCUCAGUUGUUUACGAAAUCGGCCGAUCUUGGCCACGCAGAAGCAAACUUUCGAAUGGGAGAAGCAUACGAGCACGGAUAUCUGAAAUGCCCUCACGAUCCGGCAUUAAGCAUUCAUUUUUACACCGCGGCUGCCCAGCUGGAACAUCCACAGGCUCAGAUGGCAUUGUGCGCGUGGUAUCUGCUAGGCGCGGACCCUAUCCUAGAAAGAGACGAAAUGGAAGCGUACGAAUGGGCCCGUAAGGCUGCCGAACAAGGACUGGCCAAAGCUCAAUAUACCGUAGGGUUUUUUACGGAGAGUGGAAUUGGAUGUCGACGCGACCCUCUUGAAGCCAAUGUUUGGUAUGUGAAAGCCGCUGAUCAAGGCGAGGAGCGGGCAAAACAUAGGUUGGCAGCGAUCCAGGCGGCUUCAGAUGGAGCAAAUCCCGUUUCGGCGGCGGCGAAAUCCCGAAAGAAGAACAACGAUAGACGGCCUUCCCAGGGAAAAAAGGAAAAAUCAAAAUUCCUUGGCAUAUUCUAA